AUGUCGGGAACGGAUAUUGAAAGAGAUUGUGAAAAAGAUUUUGCUGAAUGGGUUAGAACUGGUAAAAUUAUUUAUAAAGUGAAUAUUUAUGUAGGAAUUGAAAAUAUUGCAAAAGGGUUUGUUAAUAUGUUGAGUGGUAAAAAUAUUUGUAAAGCUGUUGUGAAAUAUUAA